UUUCUCUUCCUCUUUGGUUUUGUUAUCUCCAAUAUUCCAAACUUGACUUCUCCACCGAAAAUACUUUUCUUUUCAAAAGAAGGAAACAAAAAUAAAAACAGUGAUGAUCAUAACACUUCUUCAUUCUCCUGUCUCAUUCUGUUUCAUCUACAUGUUUAGCUUCCUCUUCUUCUACGGAAGUAAUGGUGCUACAGUAACUAUAGUAAACCGAUGCAGCUUCACUGUCUGGCCGGGAAUUUUAGCCAACUCCGGAAGCAGCGGCUUAGGAACAACCGGCUUCGAGCUAGCUUCCGGUGGCUCACGUUCCUUCCAAGCUCCUGCAAGCUGGUCGGGUCGGUUUUGGGCAAGAACCGGCUGCAACUUCGACUCUCAAACAGGUCAAUUCACCUGCUUAACCGGCGACUGCGGCUCUAACCAAGUCGAAUGCAACGGCUCAGGAGCCAAACCGCCGGCUACGCUAGCCGAAUUCACGAUCGGGUCAGGUCCAGAAGAUCCUACCCGAAAACAAGACUUCUACGACGUAAGCCUCGUGGACGGAUACAACGUCCCCAUGGUAGUUGAACCAAGCGGAGGGACAGAAGGCAACUGCUUAACCACAGGAUGCGUGGCCGAUCUAAACCAAAGAUGUCCACCGGAGCUCCGGUUCGGAUCCGGGUCAGCAUGCAAAAGCGCGUGCGAGGCGUUUGGUAGUCCAGAGUAUUGUUGUAGUGGCGCGUACGCUUCACCUACAGAGUGUAAACCGUCCAUGUACUCGGAGAUAUUCAAGUCAGCUUGUCCUAGAUCGUAUAGCUACGCGUUCGACGACGCUACGAGUACGUUCACAUGCACUUCUGCUGAUUAUACCAUCACUCUUUGCCCUUCCUUGCCUAGCCAAAAGUCUGCAGCUAAUGGGUGGAGAGAGGGCGGUGGAUUGGCAGAAAGCUCACCGUCACCAUUAUCUACUUGGUUAUCUGAUGUUUUCACUUCUGACUCCUCAAAAAUUCAUAUAUCUUCUCAAUAUUUACUCAUUUUUAGUUGUAUUUUUCUUCUUUUUCGGCAAUUUUGAUAUUUGUUUUUCAUCAUUUCCGGUUCUGGAUGUAAAUUUUGCAUCCGAUUACAUUUAUAUGUUUCAUGAUUGUGCACAUUAAUGAAUAUUUAACCACAUUGUUGAUCAUUUUUCAA